UCCCACGUUCUGGCCCCGCCUCUGCGGCAAGUGCGGAGGAAGGGGGCGGAUCCCUGGAAGUGGGCGAGGCAGGCACCACCCUAAAGACAGGAAUCCAUUUUUAAACUUAAAUUAACUGGAGACAGACCACUUAGACACACAACAGAUGCACUUCAGCGUCGCAAGCUGCCAGAAACCACCGUUUCUUCGUGCCCUCCAGCCGGAUACCGGGCUGAAUUCGUUACAGUAACCCCACCACUCACCUAGCCCACCCUGAUCCCCUCCGCUCCCGGGGAAAUGACGUAGUUCUUGUGGGGCAGGGGCGGGGCCUGGGCCGGAUGUGCCUGGAAGAUGGUAAAUAAGCAGUGAGAGGAAAAAGAACCUGGCUCCAUCUUUGCGGCCCCUGGAGCUCCUGCCGUCUCUUGGAGAUGGGGGGUGUUCUGGGAUUGUGCUCCAUGGCGAGCUGGAUACCAUGUUUGUGUGGGAGUGCCCCCUGUCUGCUAUGCCGUUGCUGCCCCAGUGGUAAUAACUCCACAGUAACUAGGCUGAUUUAUGCCUUCUUUUUGCUUAUUGGUGUGGGCAUAUCCUGUGUGAUGUUGAUACCAGGAAUGGAAGAACAAUUAAAUAAGAUUCCUGGAUUUUGUGAUAGUGGGACAGGACUUGUGCCUUGUAAUGUAUUGGUUGGAUACAAAGCUGUCUACCGUUUGUGCUUUGGCAUGGCCAUGUUUUUCCUUCUGUUUUCCUUAUUGAUGAUCAAAGUGAAGAGUAGCAGUGAUCCUAGAGCUGCAGUGCACAAUGGAUUCUGGUUCUUUAAAUUUGUAGCAGCAGUAGCAAUUACUGUUGGAGCUUUCUUUAUCCCAGAAGGACCCUUUACUACUGUGUGGUUUUAUGUGGGCAUGGCAGGGGCAUUUUGCUUCAUCCUCAUUCAGCUGGUUUUACUUAUUGACUUUGCCCACUCGUGGAAUGAAUCAUGGGUUGAAAAAAUGGAAGAAGGAAACUCAAGAUGUUGGUAUGCAGCUUUGUUAUCAGCUACAGCAAUGAAUUACCUGCUGUCUUUAGUUGCUAUAGUCCUGUUCUUUGUUUACUACACUCACCCAGAUGGUUGCUCAGAAAAUAAGGCCUUCAUCAGUGUCAACAUGCUCCUGUGCAUUGGAGCUUCUGUAAUGUCUAUUCUGCCCAAGAUUCAAGAAUCACAGCCAAGAUCUGGUUUGUUGCAGUCUUCAGUAAUAACAAUCUACACUAUGUAUUUGACCUGGUCUGCUAUGACAAAUGAACCAGACAGAAAGUGCAAUCCAAGUUUAUUAAGCAUAAUUGGUUAUAAUGUCACAACAAGCAUUCCAAAGCAAGGGAACUCUGUCCAGUGGUGGGAUGCCCAAGGAAUUGUGGGACUUAUGCUCUUUUUGUGUUGUGUGCUUUAUUCAAGCAUCCGGUCAUCUAACAACAGUCAGGUUAAUAAACUGACUUUGACCAGUGAUGAAUCAACACUAAUAGAAGAUGGCGUAGCGAGACAUGAUGGAUCACUUGAUGAUGGCGAUGAUGUUCACCGAGCAAUAGACAAUGAAAGAGAUGGUGUUACUUACAGUUACUCUUUCUUUCAUUUCAUGCUUUUCUUGGCUUCACUUUAUAUCAUGAUGACCCUGACCAACUGGUACAGUUACGAACCUUCUCAUGAGAUGACCAGUAAAUGGACCUCAGUUUGGGUGAAAAUCUCUUCAAGCUGGAUUGGUAUUGUGCUGUAUGUUUGGACACUAGUGGCUCCACUUGUCCUCACAAACCGUGAUUUUGACUGAACUGGAGUUCUGGAAUGAAAGUUCUUUUGCUUCUUGCUCAUUUGAAUUGACAGUAUUCCAGACUUUGAUGUAAAUAUGUGUGUGUGUUAACAAGGUAACCUACCUGGUGUUAGUCUGCAUGGCAUAGAUCGUGUCACUUUCAAUUUUACUUGGUAUUUUCUUGCUAAGCUCACUGAUUUAUGUUGGACUUAAUAGCUGUGAAAUAUAGUCAGUAUUGUGUGAGGUAAUAGGAAAAAUAGGGGUUUUAAGGAAUACUUCAUAGGUAUAGAGGAAAAGAGAAAUAGUGAAAGCAAAAAUGUUUGCUUGAAAUUGACAUUUUUUAAGUAUGUUGGUAUUGAAGUAGUUAUUUUAUCAACUUUAUAAAUAAGCAAGUUAGGAUUGCCUUCCAAUAAUAUAUGAUGACUUGCUUCAAAAACACGUCCUAGUAAGAAAUUUAUUAUUCUGUAAUUCUUUAAAAUAUGUUACAUGGACAUUUUUUUCUGACACCUGGUAUCUCCCCAGAUUUUUCAUGAUUCUAUGAAAUGUGGUUUUGGAUUAUAUAAAUAUGCAAAUUUUAAUUAGUAGUGUCCAAGUAAUACAUUUAAAAUUUCCCAAAGUUGGAAGAUUUUUAUAGGCAGGUACAGUUUUAUUACUUUUGUUAACUACCCCUCCUUAGAGUCGGUGGCAUAGAGUGAGCAUUCAGUAAUAACCCCAAACCAAGAAAUCCAUUUUUUUUUAAUGUACAUGUUAUAUGUAGAAGAAACUUUUAUUAACUUUUCAAAAAGCGAAUUUUGAGUUCAUAAAAUAACAAUCAUGGCUUAGAGUCACAUUAUAAGAAGGAUUUUGGAAGUCAGCUAAAGGAAAAAAUGAAGUAGAUUUUUGACCUGGGGAAGAAAUUUUAGAGCUGGAAUAAGACCGUAAGGGAUUACAAUCAUCUCAUAUUACAGAUGAGAAAAUAGAUCCAGAGAUGGGGAGGUCAUUGUCAGUUUUAGAACUAGGUUUCCUGACUAGUUAAGUGCAUUUGUCAUUACACUGACAUGGCACCAAAAUUUCUUCCACAAAAUGUAUUGUUCAUAGUAUGUGUUGUACCUGCUCUGUUUUGGAUUACUCCUUGUAAUUCUUGUGGCAAGCUGGCAUGCCUACAGUUAAUGGCAGAAUUAUUUGACCCAAUGCUAAGGAAUGAAACCUGGCUUAAAGUUUGUUAUGCAGUUUAAAAGGUGUUAUUAAAUGCUUUUGUAUUUGCUGCUAUGUAAUUGAAAUACAUAGGCUUUAUUUAAAGCUGUUUCCAUCUUGAGUUGAACACUCUGAUUAUGAACCUAGAAACUUACUUAAGCACUUGUUUUUGUAUGCUUGUAACUAUUUGAUCUUUAUCUGUGUGACUUUAAAUGGUUAUGAAUGCAGGUGGAGUAUAAUAAAGAAAUGAUUGUCAUUCUCCAACCUUAUAUUUGGAGAUUCUAAUUCUCUUGUUACUAAAUAUUCAGACUUCAGCACCUGUAUGUUACUUAUUAAUAAAUGUAAAUUCAUAUAUGA